AUGGAUUACAUUAUCGACGGAGCAAAUGAUAAUGAAAUUGAAGUGCAACCGCCAUUCAACAAUUUGGAUACACUUAGGAAUGGUAAUGUUAUCACUAGAGAAGUUCGAAAACGUGCCGAUGGAGCAGUAAAGCGACCGAGAGCUGCCGGUCUUGCAAUGGUCGGAGUACCCUCAACUAUCUUUACUUACAAUCAGGCUGCUCUUGGAAGAAUAGCUCAACCAGCGAUAGACGUUCGUUACUAUGGUGGUGGUGGCGGAACUGGUAAAGCAAUAAUAGGUCAAGUAGGUGUGUCAAUGAUGGAUUUUAACCCAGCUCUUUUUCGUGGCUAUCGCGGUGGACCAGGCAUCAAAAUCCGUGCUAAUCAACGUACUUUCCAGUACGCAAAUACUCUACUGAGACAAAUUCUUGAUCGUGAAAUCGUACAUAUGCAGAUACCGGAUGUGCAUCAACGAAUUGAAGAAAUUUUCGCUGAAGUGACGAUAUGCAAUAUCCAUGUUUCAAACUAUCGCCCACCAAACUGUCUGAAUAUAUAUCCAGCACCACCAAACCUUAUUGUUGUUAAUGUGGAAGACUUAGACAUUGGAGUAACAGGUAACUUAGACGGUAUCGCCAAUAUCAUAUUGCCUAUACAGCUUUGUGGUAUCGUUCAUGCUAACUUCUACCACGUAUCCGCCAGUAUAACGCUAAAACUAGAGCCUUCGGCGUAUGGGACACCUCAAGUGGUCUUAUGUGGAUGUGAUAUACAAAUACCGUUUGCCGAUGUGUGCAUCGAAUGUGGUGGUCUUUUAGGUACCCUGGCAAAUUUGUUUUUUCGGCAAGAUAUUUCUAAACGAGUACGUUCUAUGGUACCAGGUCGUGUUUGUGCGAUGUUACCACAGAUAAUCAGUGAACGGAUCAAUCCUAUGUUAGCUCGUAUACCACAAUCAGUUUCAUUUACACAGAUAGCAUCCUUGUUCACAGAACUUCUUGAAGGAUCAAUACCAGCUCAUUGUCGCUCGCCACAGUGUCAAGCACAUUUAAUGAGGACAAAAUUAUCGCCAGGCCAUAGCGGUUUCGGCGCUCCGCCACCAAGAAAUCCACCAUUACCAGCGUUCAACCAUAGUAUCAGUGCAGCUACAGGUUCUAAAAACAGUAUGGCCAGGGCUAUAGCUUUUGCUCCAACCCAAGUAGUUGCACAACAAAUACAAUCGGAGUUCCAAGACAAUGUUGGAACGAAAGGAAAAAGAGCGCAAUUAUUUGGAACCGGUAGUGACAGGCAAGUUGAUAGUGGAACUUCUGCUGUAUGGGGCAUCAGAGAUGAGCGUGAAAAUCAUGCGGAACAUUUCACCGGCAGUGGAUUAAUGACAAGAAGUAAUGCACAAUCUUUCGGUCAACCAACACAAAUGAUUCUUAGUACUCUUGCGCAUCCUUUUGCAAGAAAGAUACAAGGAGUAGCUAGAUCUGAAAGUUUCUCGUCAAAUAAUACCAUAGAUUGGGGAGGAACUGUUCAUCCACCCAUGCAGCAAUCACAGCAGACUAUAAUACUUCGCCUGACACCGAAAGAGCUGUACGCUCAAGAAUUACGGCGGCAGCAGCAAAAAGCAGUUCAGAAAUUACCGGUCCAUUUGUCAGCAUUUCCGGAGUACAAUUCAAAAUCAGUCCCAUCUUCUGGACAAUACACCGUAACAUCAUCCGAUCAACUUAACAAAUCGGCAGUGCAUGGUGUACCGGUAGCUGUAUCGGUCUCCAAAGGUUAUGGUAAGCUUCCCGGUGAUUACAAAUCAGGCGGUGUAUUCCAAGCUUUUGGGGAUGUUGGUGGUUUCAAAGGAAGAAGUGAUCCGUGUGCUGGAUGCCCAGUUGAUUCAUUUGGUGCUAUUGGCAAUCUCAUCAAACAGCAGCUCGAUCUGAGAAAAGUAGCAAAUCUAGUAUUAACGACCCAACUGUUGCGGACUUAUGCAACCUUCUAUGAUUACAACUUAGACUUGAAUGGCGAAUUCAGUCCUAAUGGACGUGGUGGUACCCCAUUUGGCCCAUUCCCAAUGCAAUGGCCUACAUCAGUCGGAUUACCAAUGAUUGAAAUCCUGAUUAGUGAUUUCACUCUCAAUUCUCUUCUGUAUUGGAUGCAUAGAACCAACUUCCUAUCGUUUCGCAUAGGACCAGAGACACCUAGCAUUGGACCGUUGUUAACAACAACGUGUGAUGUCAGCAAUGAUUACUCAGGAGACGAGUCCGAAAAUGAAUCACUGUUACUUCGGCUAUUACGUUUGAGUCAACGUCGUCGUCACUACAGUUAUCAUCAGCAACGUAGCAAGCGUCAGGCGAUUACGGGUGGUGACUCGAGCGGUAGUAAUUCUGGAAGUCUGGGUGAUCUGGCUGAUCUUGGUAUUUGUCUGGGAGACAUCAUGCCAGCUGUCAAAGAGAAAUAUCCGAACAGGACAUUAGCCCUUUUUGUACAUUCAACACGAGCACCUUCAAUCACAUUUAGUAGACGUGGUGGAGGCAGCGUACAGUUAGAUUUGGUAGUAUUUGUUGAUAUCUAUUUGGAUAAAACAAAUGUGCGAGUUGGUACCAUACUAGUGACAGCAGCUGCUGAUAUAAUGCUUCGAAUAGUAGGUCGUCGAAUAAUUGCGAAUGCAUCAUUGCCAUUGCUGAAACUGAUCGAUCGAGAUCAAACACUGGGUUUACAACAGGAUGCACUUGACAAUUUAGCCAGUUUAGCCAAAGACUUGAUUCUAAAGGCAGCCAAUCAGCAAUUCAGUAGAGGCAUGGAAAUAUCAGUGCCGACAUUAAGUCUCCCUGUAAAUAUAGCUAAUCCACAGGUCCAACUACUUGAUCAUUCUAUUUAUAUCGGUAGUGAUUAUACGAUAGCACCGUCAGCAAUACAAAUGCUUUCAUAAAAU